AUGCACUACUACAACAAGCUCAAGCUCCUCGCCUUGGCGUCCGUCCUCUCGGUUGCCUCUGCGCGUCCAUCGACCAUCGACAUCCGUGGCAAUCCCGAUCCGGAAGCGUGUGUCAACGGCAAGGCUAUCUACGUGGCGUCCAACGCGGCCAGCAACGCCGUCGUCGCCGUGCCCAUUGCCGAGAACGGCUCGCUUCAGGUUGCCAAGGGAAGCUCCACGGCCACAGGUGGCGCUGGUGCCAAUGGCCUGGAAGACGGCGGCAAGCCCUCGGGCCCUGACGCCAUCUUCAGCCAGUCGGGCGUUGCCAUUGCAGGCGAUUACCUCUUCGCCGUCAAUGCCGGCUCCAACACGGUGACGAUGCUUGCCAUUGACAAGCACAACCCCGCGAAGCUGACCGUCGUCGGCAAGUCGGCCUCGCUGCCCGGCGAGUUCCCCACCACGGUCGCCGCCUCCGACAAGUACAAGCUGGUCUGCGUGGGCCUGACGGGUGCCAAGGCCGGCGUGGCCUGUGCGCCGUACUCGCCGUCGGGCAUUGGCGCCGUCGACGCGCUGCGGCCCUUCAACCUGGGCCAGACCACGCCCCCGGCCGGGCCCCUCAACACCGUCUCGCAGGUGUUCUUCUCCGACGACGAGACGACCCUGUACGUCACCGUCAAGGGCGACCCCACCGUCGGCAACACCGGCUUCCUGGCCGCCUUCCCCGUCCAGAACACCCGCUCGUCCUGCCACGCCGCGGCCUCCGUCGCUGCCGCUGGCGUCACCAGCUCGCCCAGCGGCACCGCCGUCCUGUUCGGCUCCGCCACCAUCAAGGGCUCGUCCAACCUGUUUGUCACGGACGCGUCGUUUGGUGCCGCCGUCCUCAGCGUCGAUGCGUCCGGCAAGGCCGCGACCGUCGGCAAGGGUGUCAUUGCCGGCCAGGCCGCCACCUGCUGGGUCGCCAUCAGCCCGGCCACCAAGACGGCCUUUGUCACCGACGCGGGCCUCGACCGUCUCGUGGAAAUGUCCCUGACCGACGCCAGCAUCAUUGGCUCGCCCAUUGACCUGUCGGCCAGCAACGGCGGCGUCGACCCCGGCCUGACGGACUUGCGCGCCGCCGGCAGCUUUGUCUAUGCACUGAGCCCGGGCAACGGCACCACGGAUGCCGCCAUUACCGUCUUCAACGCCCUGACCAAGCAGGCUGUCGACCACGUGUCGGUGGCGUCCCUGGGACUGACCAAGAACGCGGAGGGCAUGGCCAUUCUGGUGUAG